AUGUCCCGCGCUGUGGUGACACUGCGGAUGCACAACAACAACGGCCGCGCCUUCUCAUUGGCUGCUCCGACAUCGCUCUUCGCUCCUUGGGCGGGCGUUCCGAUCGAUCGCCAGGGCUUCACUGUUUCCCGUCGAUCCAACCCGCAGGCCGACGGCAUGAAUGUGGUGCAGGCCUCCGAGAUCUUUGACGGCGUCGCCGUCCAUUUCCAAGUUGUCGUCAUGGCCGACUCUCUGAUCGUUUGGGCCGGCAAAGGCGACGGCCCCUCAGAUCAGCAGCAGCGACGGUCAGCCAGCGACAGCGCCCCAACCGGACGACUUGGCUCGCUUGCUCUUGCGAUGCCCAACCUCGGCAACGGGGUGCCGACUUCGACGAAACUGUUUGGGGCGUCUCUUGACGAGCGAUCCGAAUCGAUGGCCAAGCGACUCGCCGCCAAAUUCAAGAAACAGUUCUUUGUCACGAUCGACCUGCCCUCGACCCCGGACGGCAUCGAACUCUCCCUCUUUGCCGAGAAGAAGCUGGUGCAGGUCGUCAAGGACGUGCUCGAGCGGUAGCAAGAGAUUCUGUGGGCGAUACCGUUUGCAUCCGCUGAGUCCUCGGCGGCACUUGUGACGAAGCAGGUUGCGCCGGGGUGUGGGCAGCAGCUGCCAUUGUCUGGGUCCUCAAUACACACCACAGAGGCCUGUCGCCACAUGUUGCGCUGCCACCACCUGCGAGUGAUGGCCAUGGACGGUGC